CUGCAAUGCGAUUGGGCGACUCGAUAAGGGAGGCGUGGCUAAACCUCUGUGUUUAUGUGGCUGCCUGUCCUACGGAGUAACAACAGGCUCUCCGCGAUGUGAAAUUCUCGAUGGAAACAGUUAACGUUUGGUUCCGCUUGCUAACAUCCCGGUAUUAUGCACGAGCCUCUGCUAUGGGGCGUCAGUAGAGGCUGAAAGACGGAAGAAAACAAGGAAAACGCCGGAAUGGCGGGCGCCUUUAGCUUCAAAGGCUGCCAGAAAAUUCGAGGUCCGCAGAUAAGGAGCCUGCUGGAGGCGAAGGACUUCUUCCUCUUCGACUGCGACGGGGUCAUCUGGCACGGAGAGAACGCCAUCACCGGCGCCGCCAAGGUGGUCAACGCGCUCGUCCGCCACGGGAAAAACGUGGUGUUCGUCACCAACAACUCCACCAGGCCGCGGGAGAAUUACGUGCACAAGUUCUCCCGGCUGGGCUUCGCCGACGUGAUGCUGGAGCAGAUCUUCAGCUCGUCGUACUGCUCGGCUCUGUACCUGAGAGACGUGGUGAAGAUCUGCGGGCAGGUGUUCGUCAUCGGCUGCGAGGGGCUGCGCAGGGAGCUGCAGGAGGCGGGCAUCCCCUGCCUGGAGGAGACCGACGACCCCGACGCCACCAUCUACGACUGCGCCCUGGCUGCAGAUGUGAAGGCGGUGCUGGUGGGGCACGACGACAAACUGACCUUCCUCAAACUGGCCAAAGCCUCGUGCUACCUGAAGGACCCGGACUGCCUGUUCCUGGCCACCGACAACGACCCCUGGCAUCCGCUGUCCAGUGGAAGGAUCCUGCCAGGUUGUGGGUCCCUCAUGGCAGCCCUCGAGGUCGCUUCGGGCCGCAAAGCCACCGUGAUCGGCAAGCCCAGCCGCUUCAUGUUCGAGUGCAUCUCCAGCCAGUUCAAGGGGUUGGAGCCGGCCCAGUGUUUGAUGGUCGGGGACCGGCUGGAGACGGACAUGCUGUUCGGCUUCAACUGCGGCCUGGACACCAUGCUCACGCUCACCGGCGUGUCUCAGAUGGAGGACGCGCAGGAGUACAGGAAUAGUGACCUGAGCACCAACCACAGCCUCGUGCCUGACUAUGUGGUGGACACAAUUGCUGAUUUUCUACCAGCCUUUGAGGAACUGGAGGAAGAAAGCAAUUGAUACGUGGUUUUCACCGACCUCCGGUAGGAUUCAGCGCUGAAUCUGGCAUGCAAACAAAAUUCGUCCUAAAUAUAACGGCACUUGUUCUUAUAGCGGGGAGGACGAGUUGAAGAUAUUCUCCGCUGAAUUAAUCCGUCACUUGUGCAUCCUUGUGUUCCUUCUUGUCCUUGUGGCCAUUUGUGACUUGACUGUUUGCUGUGCUUAACCAGUAUUUUGCUGUCAGUUGUGUUAGAUUUUCGGGGAUUUGCAGCCUAAAGGAUUUGUUUAAAUCCAUGAAUUCUUUUCUAAAUUCAUGUGUCGUUUUGCCAAAAUAUGUCCAAAAGCAGAGGACGUGCGUGUUUGGCUGACGUGUGAACUUUCUAGAAUAAAAAGAGCUUUUGUCAGGUCUGAAGAGACAAAGCUGACAAACACAAAAGGGUUCAUUCACUUUUGGCCUCUUUGUCACGUCUGUACUACUUGUGCCAAUCCAUGCGGGUAAUGAACGGCUCCCAGAAGCUGCUAGUCUUAUUGCACUGAUGUGGAUUUUGAAUAUUGUGAAUGUUUACCCUCUAGAGCAUGACUUCUGAAAAUAAACACCUCAAAGUAUCCUAAUUACUGCUUCUAUUUAACAAGGAUGAGCUGCCGUUCCUCUGAAUGUCCGUGUGCUUUUAAAGGAUGGACGUCAGAACAGAAGAACACGUCAAAAUAAGAUGGUUAUUAAAUCUUUUAAUGUUCACACGAAAGCAUGAGCUGCCAUAAGAUUGUAGGUAACUCUGCAUUUACCGCAGUGAUGGACAUGAACCUCCCUGGAUUUAAAGGUAAAACCUGAACAAAAAGGGAAUGAAAUGCUUUGCAAAUGUGUUUUCAUGGUGAACUGGACAAAUAUUGUGAAAUUUUAAGGAUUUUUAAAGAUCUGUAAGGUUUGCUUUUGUUAUUGCAGUGAACACAUCUGAAGUUUUAAUUACAAACAAAAAAACCGUCCUUAUGUACAUUUGAAGAGGAUGCUUGAAAUAUUUUAUUCUAAAGUGUUUGAACUGAGGGUUAAAGACACGGAGCGGCUGCAGAAGCUGAUUCUCAUCACUCGGGUCCACCGCGCUGCAGGGCAAACAAAAAAAAGAAACAAAUGAAGACUUGUCUUUUUCUUUUGUAGAAGAAAAACUUACAAUUCUGGACAACAUUCAAGUUUUUAAUAAAUUGAUCUGCAUUAAAAUGAAGUUGAAUCAGU